AUGGAGAACUUGUUUCGCCUAGUUGAUCAUGAAGACAUGUUCUCAAGGAGGUGCAUUUGGGUCAACGGCCCCAUCAUUGUAGGGGCAGGUCCAUCAGGGCUAGCCACAGCAGCAUGCCUCAGAGAACAAGGGGUACCCUUCAUGGUUCUCGAAAGAUCAGAUUGCAUAGCAUCUCUAUGGCAAAAGCGAACCUAUGACAGGUUAAAGCUUCACCUUCCAAAGCAAUUUUGCCAACUACCUAAGCUUCCAUUCCCCCAAGACUUCCCUGAAUACCCAACAAAGAAACAGUUCAUAGAAUACCUCGAAUCCUAUGCAAGCCAUUUCGAGAUCAACCCACAAUUCAAUGAGUGUGUUCAAUCUGCUAGGUACGAUGAGACAAGUGGGUUGUGGAGGGUUAAGACCAUUGCCACAAGUGGCUCCAACCGCACUGAGCUUGAGUACAUUUGCAAGUGGCUCGUGGUUGCUACUGGUGAAAAUGCUGAGUGUGUGAUACCUGAUAUUGAAGGAUUGAGUGAAUUCAAAGGUGAUAUAAUCCAUGCUUGUGAAUACAAGUCAGGGGAAAGUUUCAGUGGAAAGAAAGUGCUUGUUGUUGGUUGUGGUAAUUCUGGCAUGGAACUCUCACUUGACCUUUGCAACCACAAUGCAUCACCUUCAAUGGUUGUUCGUAGCUCGGUUCAUGUGUUGCCUAAAGAGAUUUUUGGGAAGUCAACGUUUGAAUUGGCGGUUUUGAUGAUGAAAUGGUUACCCAUUUGGCUCGUUGACAAGCUCCUAUUGAUCUUUGCAUGGUUAGUGCUUGGUAACAUAGAGAAGUUGGGGCUCAAAAGACCAUUAGAUGGUCCAUUGAAGCUGAAGAACACACAGGGGAAAACCCCUGUUUUGGACAUUGGUACCUUAGAGAAAAUUAGAUCCGGAGAUAUAAAAGUUGUUCCAGGAAUUGAGAGGUUCAUAAAUGGCUAUGUUGAACUUGUUAAUGGUGAAAAGCAUGACGUUGAUGCAGUGGUUCUUGCAACCGGUUACCGCAGCAAUGUCCCUUCUUGGCUCCAGGAAGGUGAAUUCUUCUCCAAGAAUGGGUUCCCAAAGUCACCAUUCCCUGGUGGUUGGAAAGGAAAUGCUGGACUUUAUGCUGUUGGAUUCACAAGGAGAGGGCUCUCUGGUGCUUCAUAUGAUGCUAUGAAAAUCGCUCAAGAUAUUGGCCAAGUUUGGAAACAAGACACUAAGCAAAAGAAACAACGCACCACUGCUUGCCAUAGACGUUGCAUUUCCCAGUUCUAA